UACUCCCGGCUCGGCGCUCCCUUGCUCUCCCCUGAGCGGUGCCAUUAUGGAGUCGCAGUGCGACUACUCGAUGAUCUUCCCGGCCUGCCCCCUCCUGCCCUCAGAUCUGCCGGUUCGGUACCGGGCAUUACCCCGGCGGAACCACCUGUACCUCGGGGAGACGCUGCGCUUCCUGCUGGUACUGCGGCUCCGGAGCGCCGGGGAGAGGCCCCAGGAAAGGGCGGGGACAGAGGCCUCUGCGGUGGGGGAGGCUUCUCAGGAAAGUCCGGGGUCUGAGGCCUUUUCGUGGGCCCCGCUGGCGGCUUCUCUUUCGGCCUUGGCCAGUGUGUGUCCCGGGGAGGAGGAAGCGGAGGAGGAGGAAGAGGAGAGUGAGGAGAGCCCGGCCGGGUACCGGGGGUGUAAGGCUAUUGUGAGCCAGCAACAGCCCCCGCCUGGGGCAGCGCCCUCUGGGACUCCUGUUACAGAUCCCGUGGUCUCCAGCGAUGAGGUUAUCUUCCCCCUGUCUGUCUCUUUAGAUCGUCUCCCACCUGGGACAGUCAAAGCCAAAAUAGUGGUGACAGUGUGGAAACGGGACACAGAACAAUCGCGGGUCAGAACCUUUGGAUAUCGGUCCUUGUUACAGAAUUCAGCCCCGGGCCAAAUCUUCCGAGAGGAACAAGGCACCUUUAAGGCUCAAGUGAGUACCCUCCUCACCGUGCUCCCACCUCCCACCCUCAGGUGCCGUCAGAUCAACGUGGCCGGGAAGCACUUCACUGCUGUAAAAGUGCUCAACACAUCUUCUCAGGAUGAACUCAGCAUCUGCGACGUGCGCAUCCUCCCUAACUUCAACGCCAAUUACCUGCCCGUCAUGCCCGACGGAUCCGUGCUCCUGGUGGACAACGUGUGUCACCAGUCGGGGGAUAUCACCAUGGCCUCCUUCCUGCGCCUGCACAGCGCCUCCUCCCAACUUCCCAGCAGGCUCGGCUCCCUGGAGGAGCACAACUUCCUGUUCCAGCUCCAGGCUGGUGAGCGCCCCCCCGAGGAUGCUAAGGAGGGUCUGGAGGUUCCCCUGGUGGCUAUCGUUCAUUGGUCGACUCCGAAACCCCUGACAUCUGGCAUUUACACCCAUUACAAGCUCCCGAGCAUCAGGCUGGAGAGGCCUCGCUUUGUGAUGACUGCCUGCUGUGACUCCCCCGUCCAGAUGCACAAACCUUUCCGGGUCACCUACACGCUGCUCAACGACCUGCAGGACUUCCUGGCCGUCAGGCUCGUAUGGACUCCCGACACCAACACAACUGGCAGGGGUACCUCAGAGGAGGACCGGCGCUUGACCAAAGCGGUUCAGGAAGCUGUGGUGUGUCACACUCCAAUCAACAGCCUGGGAUUUUGCCGUAAGGGCAGCUCGGUCACAGUGGGGGUCACGUUCAUGGCUCUCAGAGCUGGCCUGUUCGAGCUGAGCCAACACAUGAAGUUAAAGCUUCAGUUCACUGCCAGUGCCUCCCAGCCCCCCCCAGACGCCCGGCCCGUGUCCCGUCGGAGCAGCCCCAGCAGCCCAGCCCUCAGGGAUCUGGAGAGGCAGCAGCAGAGCGGGGUUCUGGGACGGUCCCAGUCCUUCUCUCACCAGCAGCCUACCCGCGGUCAGCUGAUUCGGACUGGCAGUGUAAUGGAGCGCCGUGCAAUAACGCCCCCGGUAGGUUCCCCCCUGGGCAGACCCCUCUAUCUGCCCCCAGAGAGAGCAGCGCUGUCAUUGGAUAAAAUUGCAAAACGCCAAUGCAAGGUACUAGUCGUGCACCCCGUUCAGUGACACCCAGCAUUCACCGGGGCGGAGACGAGCCAAUGGGAGACCGGACUGGAACAGAGAAUUUGGGGUACGGACUGGGGCACCUAGGACUGAGGAGGAGGAUGGGCCAGCAGUCGGGAUUCUUAUAUACUACUGAUGUAUACACCGGGGGAAUAAGAGAAAGGGAGGCGGGGCUGCUGUUAGCCCAACCCUUGGCCACUCCCCCUUUCUCUUACAAGCUAUUUUUUUCUUUCCUUUCCAUAAUAAUGUUUACAUUUUUUGACAUUUCAUUGGGUACGUAACCAAAAGAGGUUCAAGUAUUUUAAUUUAUAAGAAGAGAUGGAAAGGCCGAUGCUCAGGAUCACUCGGUGGGAGCUGCCAUACAUAGGAUAAUACCCGCCCACCAUACAUAGGAUAAUGCCCCUGAGUCAUUGGCCACUGUCCUGCUGUAAUAAUAGACAUAGGGGGGUAAGUAAAGGUAUUUAUGUCCGUGACCAAAGGAUACACCCCCCUAUUACAAUGACUACUGAAUAAUCCUUAUUAUGGAAAGUGGGGGGCCACGUCGCUCCUGUCGCACCGGGUCGAGUUACUGAUAUUAUAUAUAUAUAUAUAUUGGGCUGUAACUGGAAUAUCCUCGCCUGAAACUUGAAUUACUGCUGCACGUAUUGUACCAUUUGCCAAUAUCGGGGGGCAGAGGAGCCCCCCACCCCCCCGCACUUGACCACUCCACCUUUCCUGCCGAUACUUGAGCGCUUUCUGUGACCCACAAACCGCAGACACUGGGAGUUUUAUAAGUUUUUAUAUGUUGUUUCUUAUGUGUUGCCCUGUGUUACGGCCGCGCACUUUAUGUUUUAAUAAAUGUCUCUAAUUUAUUUUGAACAAAGGCAAAAAAAAAAUACAGAGGUUUAAAGGAAA